AUGCCUCCAGUACAGCCUCCCGAUGAUCAGCCAACUAAACCAAAGUCCGCAUUGGACAUUGUGGUUAAUCAAUUAGUUAGAGCAUCUGUGGGAGGUAAUAUUCCGUCAUCUCUUAGUGAUGAGGAUUUGGACAAAUAUGUGGCCGACUUAAUAAUGAAAGAAGCUUCUGCCAAAAAUAAAUUAUACAACAAGGAAGGGAUUAGAGCUUAUUUACCGCAUACUGAAACGCCUCAAUGUAAUCUUCCAAAAACAAAUAAACGGUUCUUGCUUAACGUAAUAAAAAGUGUAGAUGGUCAUAAUCAGGCCUUGAUCAAAAAGUCUGAAGAAGAUGCUGCUGCUGCUCGUAUGCGUAAUUUUAGACGCUUAGAACGAUUACACCGGCGCCGUUCAAGCAAAAGGAGACAUAGGGAUAGUGAUAGAAGUAGCCGGAGGAGAUCGCGAAGGGAUAAAUCAAGGUAUGCCGACCAUUUUAGUAGUAGUAGAUACAGUGAUUCUGAUUACAGUGAAGAAGAAAUUUCUAGGUCAAG